UAAUAAUACGUCCCUUCUCGUCCCUCGUCAUCGAUUCCCCAGGCUUCUACUACAAUUCGCAUAACAAAUCAACGACGACUACAUUAGGUACAAACGAGUGCGAUCCCGGCCUAAACCCAAUACGGUACGGUCAAAACAGUUAACGACGCUAAGUAGUACCUACCCUUUACCGUUUGUAAAUUCGCCACGUGAACGUACCAAAGUGGAUACCGCCAGUUCUUUGAUUUGCGGCGUUUCAACAAACUCUGUUAGUUCUUCUGUUAGAAAGAAGCCCUGCGACAUUUUCCCUUUGCGUUUUUGACCUUUUCAUCAACAUAAGCUACGAAACUCUCGCAAUCCGUUUUGUCAACUCGCCGUUCUCUUUUCGUUCAUUUUUCUUGCGAUUCGAUUUAUUUUAAGUUUUUGUUUUUUUUUCUUCCUCUACCUCUUAUUGAGAUACGAUGCGCGGCAGCGCCGUCACUUCGGCAGCUUUGACCGCGUUCAAACAACCCCUAUCUAGAUUUGGCCGUGCUCAUUUAUCCACUGCAUCCUCCCACUACAGCGCCGGAGCUCGCUUCGGCGGUAGCAUUCGCAAAGCUAGCACCGUUCCGCACAGCGUCAGCUCUUUCGGCUCUCAGCAAUUCGAGCCCGGCGUCAUUCUGAAGGGAUACUCUGGUCGCGAGUAUACCAUCGAAAAUGUUCUGCAGGACAGACAAGACCGCCUGGUCUAUCUCGCCAGGGCAAAUGAGAAGAUGUUCGUUCUGAAAAGUCUAUUUGAGAACGAAUACAAUUAUGCACUUCCUCUGCAGUUGAGAUUUAAUCACUCGCCUUACUUGCGGGCGCUGCGGGACACCGUCCCCGAGCAGAAGAUGUUUGUCAAUGAAUACAUGACAGACCAUCUCCUCAACUUCGCCUUUAAGGAUCUCUCCCUGGCUGCGCAAAAGCGCGUCCUUCGAGAUAGUCUACGAGGCCUUGCUACCUUGCACGACCAGAACAUCGCGCAUUUAGACAUCAAAGCAAAUAACAUCAUGGUCGACUACCGCGAUACCAGUGAAGGAAUCACCGUAGAUCGCGUGCAGUUAUCGGACCUAGAAGAUUCGACUCACAUCCCACCUGGACAGGCUCUGCGUGGGCUUAAAGUUGGCAAUCAGUUUUGGCGCAGUCCAGAGGCGCACGUACAGGGCGCGGUCGGAAAGCCUUCGGACAUCUUCUCCUUGGCGCUAGUGUUCAUAUUCAUGCGUCUCAAAAUGGUUAUCUUCCGGAUCGACAGCGCGCCAAAUGUCGAUCUUACCAACGCCAUCCUCGAGCGGCAAAUAUCCACUUUUGCCGAGUGGAAUGAUUACGAGUCUUUCAUCGACUACCUUGGCCGAAGACAUCCCUGGGUCGGCGAGCUCUCUCGCUUGCAAGACUCUUUCGGUUCUAAGAAUCCCCGAAGACCAUUUUCGCUCUGGAAAAGCGAUUCACUUGACCCAGACUUCAAGGAUUUGAUUAAGAAGAUGACCAACUUUGAUCCCCGGAGGAGAAUCACGGCGCGGGAAGCCCUCGGUCAUGUCUGGUUUGACGAUGUUGAGGAACUAUAGUUGAUACCUUGGGUUUAGCGAUUAUCAGGUUUACGGGAAACAGUACCGCACACGGUUUUGAUUUCAAGCUUUGAUUUCACGGCACGGGAACAGGAAACGGAACCGGAUAUAGACUGAAAAACGGACUUUGAGGGAUAGAGAUAUAGACUACAAACAUAGAAAGCAAUAAUGUUAAUGGCGCCGCACGCCCGCACCGACUCAGCCUCGUUUGAGUUCUAAUCAUUAAUACCUAAUAUACUAGGGUAAGUCACUUGCAUAUAGACUAGAGACUUGAAUGAAAGAGUGGCAAGAAUACGCAUCA